AUGCCAGUGCCCAAUAACCCAUGGAUUGGUCGGAUUUCUGCCUUCCUUUCAGUCUAUGUCCCUUUUGGUAUUAUUAUUUUAUGGGACUCUCGAAGUUUGGACAAUUCAUGUGUUCUUUGGACCACCCCAAGGGUUCUUGCAAUCUUGUUUGCUGCGAGUGUCCUACGUAGAAUACUAGAGCCAGAGCCCGAACCAGAGCCCGAACCAGAGCCCGAAUCAGGUUUCGAACAAGAGACAGAAACAGAGACAGAGCCUCAACCAGGUCCCGAACCAGAGCCAGAACUCGAACCGAAUCCUGUGCCACAGCUCGAACCAGGCCCUGAUCUAGAGCCAGAGCCAGAGCUCGAACCAAAUCCUGAACCACAGCCCGAACCAAGCCCUGAACCAAGCCCAGAACCAAGCCCUGAACCCGGCCGCGAACCAAAGCGAGAGGCAGAGCAAGAUCUCGACCCAAAGCCGGAGCCGGAAUCAAGUCAAAAGCCAGAGCAACUACCAGAGUCACAAAUUCAGCCGCCACCCUUCCCGAAACUAUACAUAGCGCCUGUUAACUAUGGCGUGGAGUUCGAAUUCGUGUUUGCUUUCGCUGAGCCCGAGUUAGACCUUGGGCCCAACGUCAUCCAAAAGCAUAUCCCGUAUGUCAUGAGAGAAACAGCGCUCACUCGCGCCAUCGCAAGACUACCAGACCACCCGUAUAACAGCUGGGGCGUACAAGUCCAUAGUACUAGUGAGUUAAAACCUUAUGAUGGGCAGCCGCAGGAGAUUUUGAAGAGGAAACUUCGCGCUCAAUGCCCAGAAGUCCCCACCAAGGUCUAUGGCACAAUUGAAGGUGCCCAGAAAACACCGGAAUACCUAGGUCAGUACAAGAAAUGGAUCAUCACUGUCGAUCACACCGUCUGUGGAGUAGGAUCGGAGAAUAUCCCUUUGCGACUACCACACCGGCCACGAUUCGAUUCGGGUGAUUGGGAUUCUUAUGGGAUUGAGCUAGUGACGCCCGUUUUUAAUGGUGCCGUGCCGGACAAUAUGCGCCAAAUCGGGAAGAUUGUCAAAUCUGUUGGUGGCCCUGAAAAGCUUGGGUACGACGCUUUUAUAACCAAUCAAUGUGGCCUCCAUGUCCAUGUAGAACCACCGAAAGAUCUGAAGGUUCUAAUAGAGCUUGCAAUUAUUUUGCUUGUAUACGAAGAAGAGAUCAGCCGGCUUCAUCCUCCAUGUCGGCGACCGGGACAUCCUGCGUCAAAGCGCCAACUCGACAGCAAUCGUCUGUGGUUUUUGAAAAGUGAUGAUUCUGUGUUUAUAGAUGGCGACGCAAGUCGCGAAAGCAGUUGGAUUGACACGGAUUGCUCGACUCAUGCACUUAGCCAGAAGUUUUCAAUCCUGCAAAUUCGCAACCGCAUGCGUCUAAACCGGACAAAGGAGCAAUUGGCCGAGAAGAUGUGUGCACCUAAAAAUCGCCUGAAUCCUCAUGGGAAUAGAAAUCGCUUGGUCAACUUUGUCAACUUAACCCGAGGAGAAGGGUAUUCUGAGACUAUUGAGUUCCGCCAAGCUCGCGGCUCGCUCUCCCGUACAGAAAUCUUCCACUGGACAAGCUUGUGCAUCGGCCUUGUGAAACUUGCAGAGUUCUAUGUGGAGAAUCCCGAUCGGUUUCCUGCUAAGACCUGGGAAGAUAUCCAGAUACAGCCGGGGACAAGAGUCAAGGAGUUGCCUAUAUUUAGGCUCAUGCAGGAUAUGAAGCUCCAUGAGAAAGCUCCCAAAUUCUGGGCUAAGAAGAUUGUCAGAUAUGAUCUAUCUAAGCCAGGGGAUCAAGAUAACAGGACUGAUAAUGAAGCCCCUCCAGUGGAUGACCCAUCGGCAACAGAGAAUGGGAACACCGACAGCAGCAGAAAAUCUAACAGUCAGGAGUCUUUCCAGUCUGUACCAAGUCAGAGAGGCUCAAUUCCAGAGCUACAAGGCGAUUUAGGGACACAAGGCAUUUCGGCGGCAGAGGGGCCGGAACUAGAGUCAACUCAAGAGCCACUAGAAGAGCCGAAGGGAGUACUCAAACCAGACGACCCGCAAUUACACUUAUUGGAUACCGAUCCCUCGGCAGGACAACAGGGUGCUGACUUGACAACGGUGCUUCAGAGGGCACCACCUGGUAAAUUAGCUAUCGAGCCCAUGGCGCAGGACGGGGUAUCAUGGUAUGUGGAUGGUUUCAAAAGUCAAGAAUGGAAGGGGAUCCUGCCAACGGCUUCCAGUGCAGAGCCGAGGUUCAAGACUUGUGGCAUUUACGCCAUUAUGGACUCCUUCCGAGCCCAAUAUCCACGGAGCCCUUUUGCUAGUAUUUUUCCAGCACGACUUUUAGAACUUUUUGAUGAAUAUUUUGGCGAACUGAAGUUGGAUACUGCAUCAGAUGAGCAAAUGCACGCCCUCAUAUCCGACGCUACACAGGGGGAGUUUGUACUGGUAAUAAACCACGCUUCAUGUAGCAAGGCUUCUAGCGCUCGACGAGUUGGGGCGCUUGAGCAGCAGGAGGUCUACGCGAAGAAUCUCUAUAUGAAACGUUUGUGUGGGGACCAUAAGCACUGGGAAGGUAUGAGGAGGUUUGAGUCACCUACCACGCCUACGACAGAACCACCAAGUCUACUACCCAGCGCUAUGGAAGAAAGUCCAAAUAGACAGUCUACCCCCAUACGAGAAAAGCUUGCUGAAUCGACUAUUAUUAUGCAAGAUAACCCCGCCGAAAUAACUACUCCUUCAAGCGCUAUGGAAGAAAGUCCAAAUAGGCAGUCUACCCCGAUACGAGAAAAUCUGGCUAAAUCGACUAUCGUUAUACAAGAUAAUCCCGCCCAACCAACUUUACCCACAAGAAAGAAGCUAGCUAGACCAUCUAUCUCUCUUCAAAACGCCCCCACCCGGCCCUCUGCCCCUACAGGAGGGAAUCCAAUCGAACCAUCUAGCUCUUUAGGACAGAAUCCAGUUGAACCACUUACUCCUGUACAAGAGAAUCCAGUGGAACCAUCUACACCUACACCUGAACAUUCAGCCGAACUAUCUGAGCCUCAACAAUACCAUUCAACUCAACCGGCUACACCAACAGGAGAACCCCCAGUUGUAUCUAACCCUCUACAAGAAAAUUCACCUGGGCCGGCUACCCCUGCAGGAGGAAAUCCAAUCGAACCUCCUAAGCCGAUACAAGAGAGCCCGGUUGAGCCAUCUAGCCCUAUACCCGAACAUUUAGCUGAGCUAUCUAGCCCCCAACAAGAAAUUUCAUCUGGGCCCACUACCCCUACAGGAGAAAGUUCAGCUAGAGCGCCUACCCCUAAACGCGGGAACUCAGCUCGACGGCGUAGAUCUCGGCGAAAAAGAUGA